AGAAUGAACGAUUCGGACUUCUCGGAGUGUUUCUAGUUUAUGGCUAAAAGUUGAGAAAAAGUUCCCGAGCUUCGUAGAACUAUUCUCGACUUUUUGGGGGAUUAUUUAACGUUUUCAAUAAAACGCAUGUCCGUUAUUCGCCCUGGAGUUAAAAGGAACUUCUUAAGGUCUGGUAUUUAAUGAACGUCUCAAGUCUUCGCGUGAAUUCAUAACCUUUCUAUAUACCGGUUGGAUUCAAAAGUCAGAUUAAUGAUACAUUGGAGGUGCCCUCGACAUUAACUGCGAUACGAAGAAUGAGGCUAAUCGGCACAAAUUCACUGACAGUUAAUAAUGUAGUCGUACCGCUAUGCUUUGGACCUAAUGCAGUCUCUGGUCAAUUUGUUCGCUGGAAGCGGAAACCUAUCUGGCUGCCGACAGCAAAAACGAAGUUAUUUCGGGUACCUAAACGACCAAAGAUACCUAUAGAAGAGAUGGAGGAGCUAAAACGCCUGAACAAUAACUACAAAACAUAUAUGAACUCCUUGAGCAAGUUCUUUAAGAAAUUUGCCAUCGACAAUAGAGUGGAACUCAACGUCGAGGAGUUGGAAAGAGUCGAGAAGUUGGAUUUCGAAAGGUGCUUCAAAAUGAAUGAAGAGUGGAACAAAAACAUCGCCAACAACCGAGAGAAACGUCUACUUGCCGUGGAGGCAGCGUUGAAGGAACGGGUAUUACAGAAAAUAAUAAUGGCAGAGAAGGAAGCCGAAGAACAAAGGAAGCUCGUCGACGAACGCAUUAGGAAAGAAAAGGAGAUAGCUCAUACAUUUAUCACUGAGAAGAACAUUGACGCAGCGAUUGAAAAUAUUCUGGAAAACGUUGUGGAUUAUAACGUAGCUAUAGACGCCGAUGGAAAUCGUUACGAGGGCAAAUACGAGCCACCUGCUAAAGCCCCUUCCAGAUCUAGGAUACAAAUUCGCCAGUGAAAAUAUUCGUCAACAUUCAAAUCAUUAAAUGACUGCAAAGUAUGAACAGUUACAAAAUUAUCUUCGAUCCAUAAUAUGACAAUUUCAACUAAUUAUGUAUUUUGGUUUGCAUUUUAAAGCCUUAAGUGAAUAUCUGUGGUAUUAUCAAAAAAUGUUGCACCAAAUAUCGAUUCAUUUUAAUUAGUGUUGUUUACCAUGCUGCAUUGUAAACACUUUAAUUUGUGAAAUAUGUUUAUUGAAAAUGAUCAUGUAUAAUAUAUCGUAGUAUAUUCCUAUAGUACAAUAACGAAACUUUCAGACAUAUCGCACGAUCUCAAUGACUGCGUAAUUGCUACUGCGACGUUACGGUGCACUGUUGCAGCUGACUUCGGUGACAAUUCUUACGGUCUGUCACAAAAGACUGCCACAGACAUUAUUUAAGAUGAACCGAGUCUUGAUGGAAUCGAACGAUCAUGUAUCAGUCGAAAGUACAGAAGUGCUAGAUAUCGUAA